CUUGUUCCGAGCGGCAGGGCAGGCUUCCACUCCCUCCCGUGGCUGGCUGCUGGCUCCAUGGUUCGCGGCGCGACGCCAGCUCCCAGACGCAGCUCCCGCGCGUCGCGGCGCGCGGGCCAAAGCGGCCUCGGAGGCACGGCAGGGCCGCCGGACCUAUAAGUACCGGACGCCGAUGGCCGCAUCCGGCUUUCCUCUCCUCCCAGCCCCCAUCGCCCACGGCCGAGGAAGACGAGUCGAGGCGAGGCGGGACGGUCUCCUUCCCCCGGUCACCCCGCGCGCCGGCCUGCUCGCGCGACCGUGGACGCCGCCGGUCCGCUGCUGCUCCCUUGCCCCGGCGUUUGCCACUCCAGGUUCGGGUGAUGAACCUUUGAGCUCUCUGCGUUUCUGACCAGAAAUUUAUGGCCGCAUGGUAGAGUGUUGACUGCUGACACAUCACAAGGUCAUCCUAAUUAUUCAAAGGUUUCAUAUGCAUCAAGAAAGCGCAAAUGUCGCUUGAAGUUGAGGACCGACCAAGCGUAGAGCCGAUCAAACAGCUCAAGCGACAGGACUCGCUUUAUGGCGAUGCAGAGAAGGUCUCCAGCGCCAAGUACCAUGGCUCUGAGGGAAGCUGGUCACGGCUGUUGCAGCUUGCGUUUCAGAGCGUUGGCAUCAUCUAUGGGGAUGUUGGGACGUCACCACUCUAUGCGAUAUCCAGCACCUUCCCUGAUGGCAUCAAGAACCGUGAUGACCUCCUCGGUGUCCUCUCCCUCAUCCUCUACACCCUCAUCCUGAUACCAAUGGUUAAGUACGUCUUCAUCGUGCUCUAUGCAGAUGACCAUGGAGAUGGUGGCACAUUUGCUCUCUACUCACUUAUAUCACGGCACGCCAAGAUAAGGCUGAUACCAAACCAGCAGGCAGAGGAUGCUAUGGUGUCAAAUUAUGGCAUAGAAGCGCCGAGCAGGCAGCUGAGGAGGGCACAGUGGCUGAAGCAGAAGCUCGAGUCUAGCAUGGCAGCCAAGAUUAGCCUCUUCACCAUCACGAUCCUUGGCACAUCCAUGGUGAUGGGGGAUGGAACCUUAACGCCUGCAAUUUCUGUGCUGUCGGCAGUGAGUGGGAUCAGAGAGAAAGUGCCGAGCUUAACUGAAACGCAGGUAGUCUGGAUUUCAGUACCUAUUUUGUUCGCACUCUUCUCAGUCCAGCGUUAUGGUACAGACAAGGUUGGGUAUUCCUUUGCUCCAAUCAUCACUGUGUGGUUUGUUCUGAUUGCUGGCAUUGGAAUAUAUAACCUCGUCGUACAUGAGAUCGGUGUUCUCCGCGCCUUUAAUCCAAUGUACAUAGUAGAUUACUUCAGAAGGAACGGGAAAGAAGGAUGGAUUUCGCUGGGUGGUGUUAUCUUGUGCGUCACAGGCACAGAAGGAAUGUAUGCGGACCUAAGCCAUUUCAGUAUCCAGGCCAUUCAGAUCAGCUUCAACACUGUCUUGUUCCCCUCAGUGGCACUAUGUUACAUGGGGCAGGCAGCAUAUCUUAGGAAAUUCCCAGAGAAUGUCGCAGACACUUUCUUUAGAUCUAUCCCAGCACCGAUGUUCUGGCCAACCUUCAUUACUGCCAUUCUUUCGGCUAUCAUUGCAAGCCAAGCUAUGCUCUCUGGCGCAUUCGCCAUCCUCUCCAAGGCCUUAUCCCUUGGUUGUUUCCCCAGUGUUCAAGUGAUUCAUACCUCGAAGAGUCACGAGGGACAGGUUUACAUUCCUGAGGUGAACUUUUUGAUGGGACUAGCAAGCAUCAUAGUCACCAUCACCUUUAGAACAACCACCGAAAUCGGCAAUGCUUAUGGGAUCUGUGUCGUGACCGUGUUCUCAAUCACCACCCAUUUGACGACAAUUGUGAUGUUACUCAUAUGGAGGAAAAAGUUUAUCUUUGUCUUUCUUUUCUACGUCGUGUUUGGUUCCAUAGAGCUGAUUUACCUCUCUUCGAUACUGACAAAGUUCGCCCAAGGUGGGUACCUACCAUUCUGCUUCUCACUUGUCCUGAUGGCCCUAAUGAUGGCAUGGCACUAUGUCCACGUCAACAAGUACUGGUAUGAGCUUGACCAUAUUGUGCCAGCCGAUGAAGUGACAGCACUACUCAAGAAGCAUGAUGUGCGGCGGAUCCCCGGAGUAGGCCUCCUAUACUCAGACCUGGUUCAAGGCAUCCCCCCUGUAUUUCCACGCCUGGUGCAGAAGAUACCGUCCGUGCACUCGGUCUUCUUGUUCAUGUCAAUCAAGCACCUGCCUAUCCCACACGUGGUGCCUGUGGAACGGUUCCUCUUCCGGCAGGUUGGCCCGAGGGAGCACCGGAUGUUCCGAUGUGUGGCAAGGUAUGGCUACUGUGACAUGCUAGAAGAGUCAGGGUUGUUCAAAGGGUUCCUCAUGGAAAGGUUAAAGAUGUUCAUCCAAGACGAGGCUGCAUUUGAGACUAAUUCGACCACCGGAGAUUCCCAGACAUGUUCUGAGGGGUCGGCAUGCCCCAUAGUGCCCAGUGGCCAGUCUGGGAACAUCAACUCUGAUUUGGUUGAAAAGGAGAAGCAAUUGAUCGAUGCGGAGACGGAGCGAGGGGUUGUGUACCUUAUGGGGGAAGCUAAUGUCGUAGCAGGACCGAAUUCGUCCCUUGUGAAGAAGAUAGUGGUAGACUACGUCUACGCCUUCUUGAGGAACAACUUGACAGAGGGGGAGAAGGCGCUGUCCAUUCCGAAAGAUGAACUGCUCAAAGUAGGGAUCACGUACGACAUAUAGUGAAUUAGUGAUUUCUCUGGAAUAGAAAGUAAGCCUAACUGAGACAUUCUUGUUCAUAUUCUGACCUAAACACACAUAGUGAAGUUCAAUUGUUGAUUAGAGAGCA